AAGACUGGCAAACUGCAACGCGGAAAAAGUUUUUGUUCCUCGUGGAAUUAAGUGAAAGUGUCUUGAAAUAGUAUGUCUUUUUCGAGUGAUUUCAUACUUAUAUUUCCGCCUCUUGAAACCAUGACAAGAACUUCAAAUUGGAUAUAUAUUGUUUAAGUUUGUCACUAAGGGAAUUACCAAUUCAAACUUGCUUUAUUAGGAAGUUGCUGCAAAGUCAUUGGCACCCUUUGUGUUGACCACAAAAGGACAAGAAACAAAAGCAACUGUUCGUGUGAACUCUACCAUUUCCCCCCGGCAUAGAAUAGAAUUAAUUAGACCUCUGUAGGAUUGGAGCAAUAGCAUUGAUUCUUAGUUUAUAGGAGACAGCGAUUCAACGAGCGAGUUGCUUCAAUAUCAAGAUGAACGUCUCAGAAAGUUCAUUAGAUGUGUUAGCUGCCGAGUUAGCGUCAAGAAGGUCAUUUCUUAAAGUGAUUGAAUGCGUGGUUUUCGGGAUUUUGCUGUUGACGACAGUCAUAGGAAACUUGCUAACUCUAUUGACAGUUUAUAGAAACAAAAGACUCCGAACAAUUCCAAAUUUUUUCGUCAUUUCGUUAGCUAUCUCUGAUCUUGGAAUGGGCCUAACUUGCAUGCCGCUUUCAUUCUCUGUGCUGGUCAAAUCCUCUUGGCUGUAUGGCGAUGUGAUGUGCCAGUUUGAAGGAUACGUAGCGAUUAUAUUGGCCGCUGCAUCAACCCAAACACUUGCAGCAAUGGCAGUCAACCGAUACUUCGGGAUCGUCAAGUGUCUUCUUUAUCGUUCUUACUUCACGACAAAACGCACUAUCGGUCUUAUCUUAGUCAUUUGGAUCUCCUCCGUCGUUCCUCCAUUCAUCUAUUUAGUAGCGGGAGAUAUAUUCAUUUUUCACCCCGGGAAACUGUUUUGUUAUUUGGAGUUGAGUGCUGGAUGGUUCACAGCAUUUUUGGUUGGCGUGUAUGUCGGGAUCCCUUCUGCAGCCAUCAUUUUCUGCUAUACUAAAGUCUUCCAAACAAUCAACGCAAGGAACAAGCGCUACAAGAAAGAUAGCAAUGGGGAUACAGUCUCCGUCGAAGAGAUCAAAAUAACGCGCACUUUAUUUGUCAUCGUGGUGUUCUACAUGAUCUGUUGGACCCCUGUCCUGAUUGUCGAUCUUGUAGACCUGUUUUUUGGCCGCUACGCUUCACCACGAGAGAUUUACUUGGCCUACACGUUCUUGGUUUCUGUAAGCAGUGCUGUCAACCCCGUUAUCUACGGCGUCAUGAAUCAAUCAUUCCGUAAAGAAUUCCUGAGUAUUCUACAAAUACUCAAUUGUUUCAAACCCCGGGGAAAUGGUAAAGCAGCCCAAAGUUCAUCUGGUGUUCAAAAACAAACUAAAGAGAUUGAACUAUCUGAAACAAGUACAAAAUCGAAAUCGCCACAUAUUUUACGCCGUGCGAAAAUAAAAACAUAAACACCAAGAGAAAUAAGAAUAAGUUUUCUUCGCUUGAAAGAAGAUGGCAACCCCAGGGCAAAUACUUGUCACUAAACUGUGACAAAAGCACGAACUAUCCACAGAAAAACAUCCUAAUUUCGACUCAUUCUUCGUAAACUUUAGUUUAUUUAUUUAGGAUUUCUUAAAACAUUUCUUCGCUUAGUAUUCAAGACAAAUAUUCAGUCAGUAUAGACGAAUGUAUCAUCGACAAAAGCGUCAGCUUUCCUAUGGAAACUAAAAGGACACUGAAUAAACCGUCCAAAAUUAAACGCAAAUAUCAUUUGUUUUUCUUAUAAAUCUUGAAUUCAAGUUAAUAAAGAAAAAAAUCUUUGUUGAAUGAAGUUUUGUAUUGAGUAAAUAUUGACUGUAUUCAU